GCCGCUGCGUCACCAGCGUGCGCGCUCCCCGCCCUCGGCUGCUGCUGCUGCGGCUGCUGCUUCUUUCAGGGGCGAUUUUGAACGAGCGCGCUUCCGCCAUCUUCCCUCACACAGCCCGCCCGCUUUUCCCCCUCAGUAACAGCGGCAGCCGCGAGCGGAGAAGGAAGGAAGGCCAAGCAGCGAACGAGACGCCCCGAGAAAGACGCAGCAUGGCCGCCCCACAAGGAGAACCCCAAGUGCAGUUUAAGCUUGUUUUGGUUGGUGAUGGUGGCACUGGUAAAACGACAUUUGUGAAACGCCACUUGACUGGUGAAUUUGAGAAGAAGUAUGUAGCUACUCUGGGAGUUGAAGUCCAUCCUCUGGUGUUCCACACUAACAGAGGUCCCAUUAAAUUUAACGUAUGGGACACAGCUGGUCAAGAAAAGUUUGGAGGCCUGCGGGAUGGUUAUUACAUUCAAGCUCAAUGUGCCAUCAUAAUGUUCGAUGUAACAUCAAGGGUUACAUACAAGAAUGUACCCAACUGGCAUAGAGAUCUGGUACGAGUUUGCGAGAAUAUCCCCAUAGUUUUGUGUGGCAACAAAGUGGAUAUCAAGGACAGGAAAGUCAAAGCAAAGUCCAUUGUCUUUCACAGGAAGAAGAACCUGCAGUACUAUGACAUUUCAGCCAAGAGUAACUACAACUUUGAGAAGCCCUUCCUUUGGCUGGCGAGAAAGCUCAUUGGAGAUCCCAACCUGGAGUUCGUUGCCAUGCCUGCUCUUGCGCCCCCGGAAGUUGUUAUGGAUCCAGCAUUGGCAGCACAGUACGAGCAAGAUUUACAGAUUGCUCAGACCACUGCACUGCCAGACGAAGAUGAUGACCUGUGAGGGAGACGAAGCUGGAGCCCAGCGUCAGAAGUCUAGUUUUAUAGGCAACUGUCCUGUGAUGUCAGUGGUGCAGCGUGUUUGCCACUUUAUUAUUCUAGCUGACCAGAACAUGUGCUUUAAUCUUUGGGAUGCUGAAAGAGAGAAUGGGGUUUGGCGUGUGAAUGUGGCAGUUAAAAUAAAAUUCCUUCAUUUUUUGGACCUGCAUAUUUAGCUGUUUUGGACUGCAAAUUUACUCCACAUUUGAGUUACAAAUCUGACUGCUGCAGUCUCAUCACAGUAUUCAGUGGUAAAUCUUGUUUGUUACUGUCAUUCCCAUUCCUUUUUGUUUAGAUCAUAAUAAAGUUGUAUUUCAAAUACCCAA